AUGCCUGGGACGACGACCUCCCGCGCUCUCCUGCUCGUUGGCGUCGUCCUGACGGCGCACGUGUUCUUGUGCACGGCGUACGUCGGCGGCGAUGGGUUCAGCGUGGAGUUCAUCCACCGUGACUCCGUCAAGUCGCCGUACCGUGACCCGUCGCUCACCGCGCCCGCCCGCGUUCUCGAGGCCGCGCGCCGCUCCACAUCGCGCGCCGCUGCGCUCUCGCGUUCCUACGGCCGCGCCGACGCACCGUCAGCCGACGGCGCCGUCUCCGAGCUCACCUCCAGGCCCUUCGAGUACCUGAUGGCCGUGAACGUGGGCACGCCGCCCACCCGCAUGCUCGCCAUCGCCGACACCGGCAGCGACCUCAUCUGGCUCAACUGCAGCAGCGGAGCCGGCGCUCCUGGUCUCGCGGCAGCCUACCACGCCCAUGCGCCCGCUCCCGCUCGCGCCCCCGCGCCCUCGUCCGCGCCGCCGCCGGGCGUCCAGUUCAACUCCUCCAAUUCGACGACGUUCAGUCUCGUGAGCUGCGGCUCCAGCGCAUGCCGCGCGCUCCCCGAUGCCUCCUGCCCCGACUCCAAGUGCAGGUAUCUCUACUCCUACGGCGACGGCUCCCAGACGAGCGGCCUCCUCUCCACGGAGACCUUCACCUUCGCCGACGACCAAGGCACCCGCGGCGAUGGGAAGAUACGCGUGGCCAACGUCAACUUCGGCUGCUCCACGACCAUGAUCGGCUCGUUCAUCGGGGACGGCCUUGUCGGGCUCGGCGGCGGCGACCUCUCCCUCGUCAAUCAGUUAGGCGCAGACACAUCGCUCGGCCGGAGGUUCUCCUACUGCCUCGUGCCCUACUCCAUCAACGCCUCCUCCGUGCUCAACUUCGGCCCCCGUGCCACCGUGACGGAGCCUGGCGCGGCGACGACACCGCUGAUCCCAUCUGAAGUGAAGGCCUACUACACCGUCGAUCUCCAGUCCGUCAAGAUCGGGAACAAGACCUUCGCGGCGCCGCAGGAGUCCCCCGUCAUCGUCGACUCCGGCACGACGCUGACGUACCUGGCGAACGAGCUUCUGGACCCAUUGGUGGGAGAGCUGACCCGGAGGGUCAAGCUCCCGCCGGCGAAGUCGCCGGAAGAGCUCCUGCCACUGUGCUUCGACGUGAGCGGGGUACGGAAGGGGCGGGUGGCGGCGAUGAUCCCUGACGUGACGCUGGGGCUGGGCGGCGGCGCGACGGUCACGCUGAAGGCGGAGAACACGUUCGUGGAGGUGCAGGAGGGGACUGUGUGCUUGGCGGUGGCGGCGGCGUCUGAGCAGUCUACGCCUGUGUCUAUCAUCGGGAAUAUCGCGCAGCAGAACAUGCACGUCGGCUAUGACCUCGACAAGGGCACCGUGACCUUCGCCGCAGCAGACUGCGCCAGGUCCUCCGCAGCCCCCUCCCCCUCCGGCUCUCUGCAUAUCUAA